GAGGGUCAGAACGAUUGGUGGGUGGGGGUAACCCUUUUGGGAGGAAGAAAAAAAAAUCAAAAAAGAAAAAAAUCACGUGUUUGGAGAUCAAAGGAGAUCCGCUUUGUAGAGAGAGUAGGGGGGAGUGAGAAAGCGAGAGAGAGAGCGAGCGAGAGAGAGAGAGAGAGAGGGAGAAAGAGGGGGAGCGCUAGCGCUAGCAAGCAAGCCAUGUAAUUGACAAGGCUGCAAUGGUGAAAUAAACAGGCUUCGUUCGAGGCACAGCUUUCGUUGCACAAUUCGGAGAACAGGGCACUCUUUUGACGCAUUGCAAUUGCUCUUAUUUGAUUUCAGCACUAUCAUCGAAUAAUCCUUGGAAAUUAUGUUCCGAUCGGCGCAGAUACAACCGGCAAGAUGAUGAUUUUACCAAGGAGAAGGGUAGAUUGUGUAGCCGAUUUGGUGGUCUUGGUGAUCUUCGUGGUCACCACUUCUCUUGGAAGCGUUUUUGCCAAGGAUACAGCCUUUGUGGAAGUAGUUCUGUUUGAAUCCAGUCCAAAUGGAGAUUAUACUACUUACACUACUGGUUUGCAAGGACGGUUCUCCAAAGCUGGAGCCACAAUCAGCGCGGAGGGCGAGAUCGUGCAAAUGCACCCUCUGGGGCUGUGCAACAACAACGAUGAGGAGGACCUGUACGAGUACGGCUGGGUGGGAGUGGUAAAGCUGGAGCAGCCGGAGCUAGACCCCAGCUGUCUCACUGUCCUGGGGAAGGCGAAGAGGGCAGUUCAGAGAGGAGCCACAGCUGUGAUCUUCGAUGUGUCAGAAAACCCGGAUGCUAUCGAUCAGUUGAACCAGAUAGGAGAGGACCCUCUGAAGAGGCCGGUGGUCUAUGUGAAAGGAGCAGACGCCGUCAAGCUGAUGAACAUCGUCAACAAGCAGAAGGUGGCCCGCGCCCGCAUACAGCACCGCCCACCAAGGCAGCCCACAGAGUACUUCGACAUGGGGAUCUUCCUGGCCUUUUUCGUGGUGGUGUCUCUGGUCUGUCUCAUCCUGCUCAUCAAGAUCAAGCUGAAGCAGAGGCGGAGCCAGAGCUCUAUGAACAGGAUGGCGGUGCAGGCACUCGAGAAGAUGGAGACCAGGAAGUUCAAGGCCAAGAUGAAGGGCCAGCGCGAGAGCAACUGUGGGGCGUCCGAUUCGCUGAGCAGCAGCUCCACCUCCGACUGCGCCAUCUGCCUGGAAAAGUACCUGGACGGAGAGGAGCUGAGGGUCAUCCCCUGUGCUCACAGGUUCCAUAAGAAGUGUGUGGACCCAUGGCUGCUGCAGCACCACACCUGCCCCCACUGCAGACACAACAUCAUCGAGCAAAAGAAGGGUCCCCCUGGCCCAGUGUGUAUGGAACCAGUCAGUCCGCUGCACAGUCGUCAGCAGAGGGUGGUCCUGCCCGUCCACUACCCCGGCAGGGUCCAUCGCGCCGGCCAGGUGACCGCUUACCCCACCCGCACCAGCAUGGACCCCCACGGCAACCCCAUCACCCUGCUGACCAUGGACCAGCACCCCGACCCCCCCGGCCUCUACCCCGCCCGGGCCACCUCCGCCUUCCUGCGGGGCUACCACCCCACCCUGCACCUGGACCACUCCCUCAACCCGCACCACUGCAGCCUGGAGCACCGCGGACCCCCCGCUUACCCGGCCCAGGCGCCCCCCCACCACGCCGCCUUCAAGAGACCCAAGUUCCACGGGCGUAGCUUCUCACGGGGUGGCUGCUUCUCGCAGUACGAGACCAUGUACCAGCACUACUACUUCCAGGGGCUGACCUUCCCCCAGCAGGCGGAGGGGGCCGCGGCCUCGGCCGUCGGGGGGCCCCUGGGGGCUAGCGGUGGGCCCCACAAGGACCACCACAGCAGGGCCUUCCAGCAGGGGCUUCUGUACCCCACCGUGGUCCACAUGGCACCCGCCUCCAGCUCGCGCCUGGGGGACGCCGGCAGCACCUCAGGUCUGGGCUGUUACCACGGACACCGGUCGGUGUGCAGAGGUUACCUAGCCGACUGUCCGGGCAGUGACAGCAGCAGCAGCAGCUCUGGUCAGUGCCACUGCUCCUCCAGCGACUCCAUGCUGGACUGCACCGAGGUCAGCAACCAGGGCGUGUACGGAAGCUGUUCCACCUUUCGGAGCUCCCUGAGCAGCGACUACGACCCCUACGUCUACCGCAGCAAGAGCCCAUGUCGGGCUUCCGGCGGCGGGGAGGACUCGCUCACCCCGGCCCCCUCGGGACACGAGCACCCCCAGCCCUCUCCUCCCCACCCCCCCCUCUCUGGGGAGCCCCCGUACAGUGGCGCCCCACCCUUGGAGCCAAGCAGGGAGGCCUGCUGCGCUAGCACUACCUCAUCCGGACCACUAGAGGGCGCUGUAGCAGACAGGGGGAAGGUGGGGCAGGAGGAGGCGGUGGCGGUGGGGGGGGAGCUGGGGGCGGCGACGUGUAGCUGCUGCUUCGAGGUGCUCCCGCCGAACCUGGAGUGCCAGGGGCAGGACCCGGACAGGGCGGGGCCUCUCGCUUCGGGGCGCUGUCACAGGGGGGCGGAGUUUCAGGGUUCCACCUCCCCGAACUUUUACGCUCCCGAGCACAUGUGCGAGCCGUCGGAGCCGUUGUCCUACGAGGCCCUGCCUUGUUGUUUCUACCAGGAGAUGAAGGCCCACCGAGCCACCGGGGGGCGCUAUGGCGAGGACUACGCCGUGAACGUGCACUACGCGCACACGGACUCGGACGCCUGCUCCGGACAAGGCUGCUGCGAGCUCAGCCAGAGAAUACCCAUAAUCCCAGAGGACACGGACUGCGAGUUGGGCCUAGCGGCGGAGACUCAGAGCUGCCUUUUGGCUGCCGGCGUCGCAGGGGAAGGGGAGGGGCAAACAGGGGAGCGACAGGAGGCAGGCAAAGGGUACUUCCUGUCAGGACAGUUCAGGGGUCACAGCCACGCCCAGGAAGAAGAAACUAGGGCUCUGUUUCAUCCGCAGUGCUCCGCUACCCACGAUGCAUCGUGAAACGGCGCAAUUCCAGAGGAGCGUCAUGAGGUAUGAAGAUCUACCCGAGGAACCGGGAAUAGAACCAUACCCUUCUGGUGACUCACCAGUCAGCCAGCCAGCGAAUGAAAACCCUCAGUUGCCUUGUCUCUGCUCUAGCUCUCUGAGCACUGAAUGUUACCAGAUUAGAAGGCGUGGACUUCUACAUAGAGUCUGCCGUGUCUGGGUGUGGUGUCGUUUGUUCCUGUGGCCACUACAGAAUCUGCUCCUCUCCUGCCACUAGGGGGCGAGACUGAAGGUCGUCCUGGUAGGGGUAGGUAAGGGAACUGGAAGUGCCUGCCACUGUCUGGGGUCCCGACCACACCUCAGUCUGGGGUCCGGGGCCCUGACCGGGCCACUGCCUGGGCUCUUGGGAGUGGCUUCACCAGGUCUGCUCCACAAACAACUGAAUGGGGGCCAGUUGUAAGAGGGCCAGUUUGUGAGAUUCUUUUUUCUUUUUUUUUUGCCGACUUGUAUGCUCAAGUUGGGGUGAAGUGGACUACAUUUUGUGCGAGACUUGAGAAUUCUCUCCUUUGUUUCAAACUUACGCUGUUAAUUUGUUGUCACACAAACUUAUAUGUAUAUGCAUACAGAUGCCUAUGUAUGUACAUGAAUGCACAGUUGCCUAUAUGAAGCUUCAACAAACCACCAACUCAGAUGAAAAAAUUCAACAGAAAUAUACCAAAACAAGAAGACGUGUUUUUUUGGGAUGAGGAAGUUGAAGGGGAGCCAGAGUCACAGAUUAAGCUACACUUUACCCAGUUUGUCUGUUUUUAUAUCUUGUAAAGCAGCACAAUGUUUAGAACACUGCCAAUAUAUAUAUAUAUAUAUAUAUAUAUAUUGAGCUGACAGAAUUCUAAGUUUGCAUUCGAUACAGAAUUCAUGUAUUUCUAAGUUCUGUGGCCGUUUUAGAAGAUGUGGCAGAUCAAGCCUUAUGGGUAGCCGAUAAGUCCUCAGACCAGCUCUGAGAAAUCCUUGUCACUUCGGUUUGGAAAGAAGACCAAAACGACAGAGUCAUAUUUAGAGAACCGAAAGAAAGAGAUGAGUAGACGUCAAACCCUGCUGUACUUGUAGUUUAGAAGCUCCAUGUCCCCCCGCCCUGACUGGCUCAAAGGGAGCCGCUUCUGCGAGGGUGGCAUGUCUCAAAAGGCCUAAGGAUCGUCGCUGCAAACAUGGAAAUUCACAAGGGACACUUAGUGCUGCAACUGUUCUUAAGGUUUUUUUUUUUUUUUUUUUUUUUUUACACA